AUGGUACAUUCAAAUUUGGUAGAGGCUAGUCCAGCUGAAGAGGUUCAGUGUCAGAAACUAUGUCAACAGCACAGCAACAAAGCUCUGGAUAUGUUCUGUAAGACGGAUCAAAUACCCAUCUGUAAGGAGUGUGCACUUCACGAACACAGAAACCAUAAAAAAGUCUACGCACAGAUCACUGCUGUGCCGGAUACAUCAUCCCUGCUGCAGGAUAUACUGAAAGCUGCAAAGAUCAAGGAAUUCCUCAGUUUGAAAAGACAUUUAAGCGAAGAAUACCGAGAAUGCUUUGAGGAUCUUCUUGAUGAGCAUGAUGUCCCAUAUGUUACAGAGAAAAUGAUGGAAAGUUUUGGGGGAGAAGGGGCCCUCAGGAUUACUCUUCACUUCCUUAAUUCCACAAAGCCUUUAUUAAUAUGUCAAGAAAAAAUGAAAGUUCUUCUGAAGGAAAGGUUUGAGCAUGUUACUGAGGGCAUAGCCCAUCCUGGAAAACAGACUUACCUUGCAGAAAUCUACACAGAUCUCUGCAUCAUAGAAGGAAUGUUUAGUGAGGUCAACAAUGAACACGAGGUGAGACCAACUGAGAAACAAACCAUCCAAGAGACUUCGAUGAGUCUCCAUGAUAUGUUCAAAUCAACGGACCAAAACAAACGCGUCAAGACUGUUUUGACAAUGGGGAAUGCUGGGAUUGGAAAAACUGUGUUGGUGCAGAAGUUCAUCCUGGACUGGGCAGAUGGAAAAACAAAUCAGGAUGUGCAUUUUGUACUGCCCGUUCCUUUUCGGGACCUGAACCGAAAGGAGGAAGACUGCAGUCUGCUUCAGCUUCUUCAUGACUUCUUUCCAGUGCUUAAACAGCUCAACAGCAUCGAACAUGAUAACAUCAAAAUUUUGUUUAUUUUAGAUGGUCUCGAUGAGUGUCGAUUUCCUCUAAAUUUCCAGAGCACCAAGAGAUGUAGUGAUAUAAGAAAAGCAAUCUCAGUGGCCGCUCUCCUGGAAAACGUCAUCCAAGGGAAUCUGCUUCCUUCUGCUCAAAUAUGGAUAACUUCUCGUCCAGCAGCAAUAAGUCAAAUACCUCCUGAGUAUGUCCACCUUGUCACAGAAGUUCGGGGAUUCAAUAAUGACCAGAAGGAGAAGUACUUCCAGAUGAAAUUUAGAGAUCAGAAGGUGGCUAAGAAAAUUGUUUCACAUAUCAAGUCUUCAAGAAGCCUCCACAUUAUGUGCCACAAACCAAUUUUUUGCUGGAUUUCAGCUACCGUCCUGUCUGAAAACAAAGUUGAUGGAGAUCAGGGCAAAUUGCCGAAAACUCAAACUGAAAUGUACACACACUUCGUACUCAUUCAGAGCUGUGUGAAGAACCAAAAGUACCAUGGGACAAAAAAUAAAAAUACAAAGGAACUGUCUGAUGAAGAUCAAAAGAUGAUCCUGAAGUUAGGGCGACUAUCCUUCAAACAACUGGAGAGGGGCAAUCUGAUAUUCUAUGAAAAGGACCUACAGGAGUGUGGCAUUGAUAUUGCAGCGGCAUCAGAAUACUCUGCACUCUGCACUGCUGUCUUCAGAGAAGAGUUUGGAAUGUACAGUCAAAGAGUCUUCUGCUUUGUGCAUGCGAGUGUUCAGGAGUAUCUUGCUGCAGUCUAUGUACUAUGUUCAUAUAUCAAUAAUGGGAUUGAUGUUUUCAGCCAGGCUCGUGAUGUGAAGCUUUUUGACAUCCUCAAGACCGCGGUGACCAAAGCUUUGAGAAGCAAGAAUGGGCAAUUCGAUCUGUUCAUACGCUUUCUUCUAGGACUUUCUCUUGAAUCCAAUCAGCAACUCUUAAAUGGCCUUCUGAAACGGACACAGAUCAGUUCCUGGAGUAUCCAAGAGAUAAUCAAGUACAUCAAAGAGAAAAUCAGGGAAGAAAAGUCAGCAGAGAGAGCCAUCAAUCUGUUCCACUGCUUGAAUGAGCUUAAUGACAAUUCUCUGGUGGGGGCAAUGCAGACAUGUCUGAAGUCUGGAACACUCUCAGACAGAGCUUUUAAACCAAACCAGUGCUCUGCUCUGGCUUUUGUGUUACUGAUGUCAGAGGAAGGGCUGGAGCAGUUUGAUCUUCGAGAAUAUAACACAAGCCAGUCAGGUCGUCAGAGGCUGCUUCCAGUCAUAAGAGCAUCUAAGAAGGCCAUCCUCUCUGGCUGUCAGCUCCAAGCUAAGGACUGUGAAACCGUGGCCUCAGGACUGCGGAUGACAAACUCCUCCUUGAGAGAUUUGGACCUGAGCUGCAACAACCUCACAGAUGACGGACUGAACUAUCUAAGCGCUGGAUUACAGAGUCCUUACUGUCAGUUAAGGAAACUCAGGCUAAGAGGAUGUAAACUUACACACAAAGGUUGUGCUCACCUAGCUCAGUGUCCAGUAAAGCUAACAGACCUGGAUUUGAGUGACAAUGAUAUACAGGAUGCUGGAGUGAUGGCGCUCUCGUUGGCUCUAAGAAAUCCACAGUGCCAACUGCAGACCCUAGGGCUGUCUGGUUGCCAGGUGACAGAACAAGGUUGUAGUUCUCUUGCCUCAGCUUUGAGCUCAAAUCCCUCACGCCUCAGAAAGCUGGAUCUCAGCUACAAUCACCUUGGAGAAACUGGUGUGAGGCUAUUUUCCAAGUUUACACAGGAGAAACUGAAUUUUGAGUUUGGUGGCAAACUACGGAUGAAACCUGGGCUAAGGAAAUAUUCCUGUCAGCUCUCCCUGGAUAUGAAUACAGCGAACAGAUUCUUGAUCCUGUCCGACGACAAAAGAAAGAUCAUUAGAACAGACCAGAAGCAGCCUUAUCCUGAUCAUCCAGAACGAUUUCAGCUUUCUCCACAAGUUAUGUGUAGAGAAGGUCUAUCCAAACAACGCUUUUACUGGGAGGUUGAGUGGACUGGUAAUGGGGUGCACGUUGGACUGACAUACAAGGGAAUCAGCCGUGAUGCGUCAGGUUGGGGCAGUGUGAUUGGAUUGAAUGACAAGAGCUGGAGUAUAGAGUGUAGUGAAAAGCAGUGCGUUGUCCGUCACAAUAAGGCCAGUGUGACCAUCCCACCGCUACAUCCAUCACGCAGACUGGGAUUGUAUUUGGACUGGCCGGCAGGCACCCUGUCUAUCUACAGAAUCUACGCUUACACCGGAGUUUUACUGCAUACAAUCCAGUCCAGGUUCUCUGAGCCGCUCUAUCCAGUCUUUGGGCUGAAUUUCCAAAACUCUGAAGUGAGUCUUUGUGUACUUUAG